AUGCAACGAACAACACCAGACGAGGCAAUGGCGACGAAUAUUUCUCGCGCCUUCUUUUUAUCGGCGACAACAAGCUCGCCGACUCCAUUUCUAUAUCAAACCCGCACCCUUGCGCCGAUUUCACUGUCAUUGCGCAGGACGUUCGAUGCUCGCGUGCGUCAAUACUCGGCCCAAAACAGAGCCGCCCACGAUUACGAGAGGUCGGAGAGCAGCUUCGCAUCUGACCAGGAUGAAUUGAGCCAGGAUUCUUCAUCUCAAAGGUCUGGCUCCGGUUCGACAUCAGAAAACCACCAACCUCGGCGAAGUUACCUCCGCCGGCGUUCUGCUUCACUAUCACCAAAAGUUCGUGGCAAGGCACAAGCCCCUUCCUCAAAGUCGACCAAAGGAUCCAGUACAGUCACGGGCCAGGAAAGAAAAGCUUUUGGAGAGCUACUCGGGCAGCUCGGCAUCGGACGCGAUGACGGAAACGCGCACGCUGGAGACGCAGAACAAACGCAGGACUUGUCAAGCGAAGGACAGGAGCGUAUAAAAGAGCUCAUGGUCAAGUUUGGCUCGAUCUUGAAAGAUGUGCAAGAGAAAAAUAAGACUUCUGCCAAAUCUAAGAGAGAAUUGCAAAAGGCAGCCGAUACCGAGGGUGGCAUACCUUUCUCUAGCGGCAACUCCAGCAGCGCAGAUGGCUCAUCAGAGGACGUGGGCGGUACGAAGCUCCGAAUUAGUGACCUCGGUUACACCGAGCCAGCUUCGGCUACCAGCGUGGAACCCGAGAUCACCAUGAGAGAAGCGAUCGAGUUUGUCGUGAAGAAGGAAUCAGAGAAGAUUGAGUUUGCGCUUUUCCAAGCAAUUGAGGAAGGUAAAGGCGAUAUGGGCCUAUGGGACGUCUGCAAAGAGCGCAUUUUCUCGGUAUUGCAACAUUUGGAUGAGGGAGCUGAGAUCACAAUGCCUGGCUCUGACAACUCAUAUGGCGCAAACGAAGCCUCUGGUACCAAACAAGCAACACCCGCAGCCGGACCUUUGAGAAUCCCCUCUGUCGUGCCAAUUGGCCCGGUCAUCACAGAGCUCUACCCAAAGACUCUUUUGAUCGCCUUCCGCUUGCUGAACACGCAUUUCCCGGAGUCGCCUCUCAUCGGCCAGUUCCGGUCGACUAUCAAGGAGCAGGGCCGCGCAUCUGCUCUCCUUGGGUCAUCCGUUGCUCUCUACGACGAAAUGAUUCACUUCUACUGGCAUGGUUGUAAUGAUCUCCCAGCAGUAGUAUCGUUCCUCCACGACAUGGAUGUGACUGGACUAGAGCCUAGUUUCAGAACCCGCAGACUGCUGAAAGAUAUCGUACGUCAGCGACAGCGGGAUAAGGAUACCCAGGAGGAGUCACUUCAUGGCCAGGAAUCGUUCUGGGAGUUCCCUCCGAACAAGAAAGCAUUUGAGGAGCUUGCUGGGCGUAAGGGGUGGCUGGAGAAGCUGAAAGCUCGCGCACGAGAAUCCCACAAGCAGCGCAGAGUCCGAUAUGCCUAA